AUGCUUCCCAAUGGAUUGAAUAAAGUUAUUUUCCGGACGCCGAAAAGGGCGUUACUUCCAGUAAGACAUUUGUCUAGCACUGCUCUGCUUCGACAACAGAGCUCAAGCUCGACCACUGGAAAAAAUACUGGGAAUAAAAAAGACUCGAAAUUGACAAAUUUCAACCCAAGACACCUGGGAAUAUCUGCAGAAGUUUACAUUCCUCCCUCUUAUCAGAAUUUGCCAAGUUUUUUCAAACAUCCCAUCGUCUUUGGCAAUGCCCUCAUUAGACGCAUUUACACGUUUGGACUGAAUACUGUUCAAGUGGCAUUAUUCCGUUACCAAUCGGGCUUGAAGCCUAACUUUCUACUGUGGAAAAAUAACGCAAUCGAGAGUUACGUUGAAGUGAAUAAAGCAUUUGCUGCAAGAAACUUGUCUUCCAUAAGGCCUUUGGUGUCAUUAUGGGUUGACGAAGCUCUGACUGCAAGAGCAAAGCAAUUGCCAAAAAACUUUGAGCUGGAUUGGCAGCUGCUCAAGUUCAAAAGCGUUCCCAAACUUGCUUCUGUGCAAGUUAUGAUGGUUCCUGGACACCCUCUCGAGCAUAUUCAACUGAUUUACAAAUUUGACACUAAGCAACGGUUGAUCAAAAUGAACAAAACCACACUCGAAACUGAAACGACUGACCGUGACGUUGUUGACUACGUGGCUUUUCUGUGCGACGCCUCGAGUGAUGAACUUAUCAUGAUGGGUUCGGUGUUUGAAAGUCAACCGGACGCCAAGCUUCCAAAAAAUUUCGAAGACGACAUGAAAAUCGCCAUUCAGCGCAUGAAAACCAGCGGUGAUAUCUUUCGUGUGAACAGCAAAUAG